GAAAUAGGGAAGGGUACUUUUUUCUUUUUAACCACUUAGAAUGCAGAUUUUCUACCGGUUCUGAGGCCAGUUUAGCCAUUUCCAGUCUAAGCACCAAGAAGAGCCCGCGCACCACCUCCAGCUUCCUGCCGCUUUAUCUUCUUCACCGUCUGCCUCCCCCAAGGCCUCCGCCAUGUCGUCAGACUGGCUGUUCUCCGCCACCGAGCUGCAGCGCUCUCCGUCCCGCCUCGACGGUGUGUCGCUCGCUUCGGAAUUGGAGCGCCGCGCCUCUGCCUGUCGCCUUGUGGCUCGACUCGCGGCGGCGCUGCACUUGUCGCUGGCCUCUCAACGCGCAGCUUGCGUGUUCCUACACCGCUUCUUUAUGCGGCGCUCACUGGUAGAACACGAAGAGCAUCGAGUGGCAGCUGCCUGUUUGUUGCUGGCCUCCAAGGCCGAGAACGAUGAGACGCAGGGCGUGGACGUGCAGCGACUAGCGAAGACGCUGAUGACGCAGACGUCACUGGAGUUAUCCGAAGCUGACGUGGCCAGCGACAUUCUUGAGCUGGAGGGAGAUGUGCUUCUGGCGUUGAGCUUCGAGUUGCACGUGGACCACUCGUUCUGUUAUAUCGCAGCUGCGGUGGACAAGGUUGUUGCAUUGAAGGCAACACAGGGAGACUCUUUGCGGCAACAGCUGAAGCAAACGGCCUGGAGUUUCCUGAACGACAGUGCCAUCACGUGGACAUGUCUGGCGGUGGACGCUUUCGCUGGCUGCCAAGGGCCGCAGUAUGCCGCAAGACACGUGCUGUCCGCCUACACGGCCCCAUUUGUGGACACCACUGUGCUGCCCCACACACUGGUUACACUAGUAAAUGUCCUCCACAAAGAGGCGGAAAGUGAUUCCUCCGAACCGCUGGACGAUGGCUUCAAGGUCGAGAUCGACGCAGAAUUCCUGGUUGAGGAACAUCCUGUCAGUGUAGAGACCUUUGUGGACCAGACUACCACAUGGGUUGAUGACUGCGUGGUGGUCAUGAAGGGUCAGCAGAGCCCGUCGAGUCCCUCGGACCCAAGUGACGUGGAGAAGAGCAUCCCCCUCUAUUCUCCACAGAAUCGUGCUAUUGAAUCGUGCACACAAGGCUCACAGCUUUUGAAGCGCUCGAUUACGCUAUCUGAGUAUGGCCACAACUUCAAGAAAGCCAAACUAGCCCAAUAAGGAUCAUCAGCUUCUUGGACGACCCCAAAAAAUAGUGAAAAAGCAGUGACGAACUGCAUACGAAGCGAGUGCUUCUGUAUAUCUCAAUGGAACCAAUAUCCGUAAAGUUAAAAAAAGUAUAAAAGUCUUUCGUGCUUUUUUCAGCACGAAUGCGUCGA